AUGUUUCCGACCGUCGCGCCAUUUCCUCCUCAGCCGCAUCACCUCCACUAUCCUGCCCACGAUGCCCUUCACCAGCCCCCGUACGACCUGAAUGACUCGUCCUUCCCCGCCCGCAACGACCCCUCCAAACCUUUCUUUAAUCAUUCCCGAUCACGCCUCCAACUACCGCAUCCCGUACAGAGACUUGACGCUCGCGAUGCCUCUGGGUCUAGCUCGAAUACCUCCGAACAUGCGCUACGAAGGAAGACCCCGAAUGGUACCCUCGCCGCUGGCUACGAUGGAACCCUGGGUGAAUCAACCCUCCAACCCGCGACAAAACAUAUCUUGGUCUCGCCUAUGGAUUCGGGACAAUUUCUCUCACAUCAGGGUUUGCCGACCGAUAAUUGGCAUCAUACUAUCGAUCCAUCCGUGAAAUUCAUGAACUUCCCCCCGGUCUUCAAGAACGAAGCGGGCAACCCUGUUGCAGCUGGAGAGGUGGUUCAAGAUGCGAAUGGUACUAGCUGGGUCCGCCCAGUGAAUUACCCGCCUGGCAUCGACUCGAUGCUUAAUCAGAGCUUACCCGUACAGGCCUCCCAGCGGUUUUUGUUGCAGAAUGGUUCCUAUAUUCCCACUGUCCUUCCGGCGACCCUUCAGCCAUGCGUGGGGCCGACCGCGUCCGCAGGCACGGGCCCAUUUGGACCAUAUUGGCCUGAUGGGGCUUAUAUCCCAUAUCGUCCUGCGGCUUUUCGGGAGCCGCGCUUUGGAACUGACCCAAACGCCCAGCCCUUUUAUGACCUCAGCCAGCCUGGGUUCAAUCAGCCUCAUGUUCUUGGAAGUCGAACGGACACAGGUUUCGCAUGGGGCCAAUCUCAGCCUGGCAUGCCCCAGGAUCCGAUGAUCAAGGCCCAUUUCCCUCCCCGUCACUCUGAACAGUUACCCUAUCACAGUCGGGUCAGCCGACCUGUGUCAUCCUUCUCACCAAAUCCUACACAUAAUGAACAAAUUUCAUGGAACAACACUCGCCUAACACCAAUCCCAGCUCCACCGACGGUCCCGGUGAAUGUCGAGUUCAAAGAGAAGAUAUUGUCGUGGGCCCAUGGGGUCUAUGUCGAUCUUCUUGCAAACAUUCACCAAGCCCGCCGCAACAGUAUAUCAAACGCCGAUGGUCAGAACGCACGCUUUUUGAAACCAAGCAUCUAUCCCAAGCCUCCUCGCCAGCCGGGGCUUGAUUUUUCACAGAAUCCUCCUGACAUUACUCGCCAUAACAGCUACCCGUCUAGCCAACAUGACUUACAACGGCAGAAACUUGGUCUGCUGAGAAUGAAUGAUUCUCAUCCUGUAUCCAGUCAUCAUAAUCGACGGCCCUCACUGAAUCAAUUUGGUCAACACCGAACAGACACACAAAUGCAUGAUGCCGGACGAUUCAAUGCAGCGCCAUCACGUUUUUCGGGCUCUCUCUUCAAUGAGGCUUCUCCGGUCGCCAACGCUAAGUCAGCUUUGGAAAUGCUUUCCCAUCUGUGUCAUGAGAGUCAUUGGGAAUGGAUUGAUGGCAUGCUGCUUGGAGGCUGUUUGGCAUAUGGAUUGGGAGAUUAUCACAAAGCCAUGCGCUGGUAUUCCCGCAUUAUUGCCCGAGACUCAUCACAUGUGGAGGCUAUAUCUAACCUAGCGGCAACUUUGUUCGCCCUCGACCGGCGCGAAGAAGCUCAGGAACAUUGGCUACGUGCUGUCAAACUGCGUCCAAGCUUCUUUGAAGCUGUUGAGCAUUUGAUAGGUCUUUUCUGCAGCAGCCACCGUGGCCGGGAGGCAGUGAAUAUUAUUGAUUUUGUACAAAAUUCGCUGCGUCAUCCAAAGGAUGGAGAUUGCUUCAAGACAGAUGAGCAUGCCAGCGAGCCGGAGAGCGAUGCAGAGAGUAAUGUCUCCGAUGUCUGCAUGUACGACAAGGUGUCCUUUGACUAUGAUGAUGACAUGGCAAGAGUCCAGAAUUUGAACCUGAGCUCUCUCGAUGCGACUCCGGUCGGCUUCGCGACCAGUGGCUAUGCUAUUCCUGGCUCGGACAAUGGGCGGAUGCUAGCACUAGUCCAUGCCAAGGGCAACAUGCUUUAUGCCCUAGGUGACAAUGCUGAAGCUGCUGGGGCAUUUGAAGAUGCCGUGUUGAUCGCCGCUGGCAGGCGGCGGCAUGGGAUCCAAAGCCUCAUCAAGCAAAUUUUUACCGCGUUCUCGCACGGAGUAGGCACCGGUUACCAGCCCGAAGAGGCUAAUGAGAGUGUUCUCUUGUAUCCGGAUAGAGCUCUGCAAACGUCGAAACUCGUGUUUGGUGCCAAUGGGACCCCGCCUGGUCUCAAGUGCGUUGCCGAAGGAAUUUCGCGAAAUGCCGCAAUUUCGACUACCAGCAACUCCCUGCUUUCACUGGCAAAGAUAUAUCAGGAUGGGAUGGCGACCGUGUCAUCUGGAGCACCCAGGUCCACGCCUGGCGUCAGAGAUAUCUUGGCUCUCUACUACCUUUCACUUUCUCUACAGCCCAGUCCAUCCACUGCGAACAAUGUUGGUAUCUUACUUGCCGGCAUUCAGAACAACCCCCCAGCUCGUGGUCUUGUACGCCCCAACGGCGAAAGUCAACACCCGGAGAUUCCAGGUGUUCUCCCUGGUAGCGGUAUAUCCCUCGCGCUAGCGUACUACAAUUACGGACUGCAUCUGGACUCCCGCCACGCACACCUCUAUACAAACCUUGGUAGCCUUCUCAAGGAUAUUGGUCAACUUCAUGCUGCAAUUAAGAUGUAUGAACAAGCAGUCCAAUGCGAUGGAAACUUCGAUAUCGCAUUGGCAAAUCUGGCCAACGCGGUGAAGGAUUCUGGGAAAGUCAACGACGCUAUUUCCUACUACAGGCGCGCUGUUAAGGUGAAUCCCGAUUUCGCCGAAGCUGCUUGUGGUCUGGCCAAUGCGUUGAACUCGGUAUGCAACUGGGUUGGUCGUGGUGGCAUUGUGAAUGGCCGUGGAUUCCACGAUCGAUGGCAUGUAGACGACAAAGGCAUGCUUCGUGAAGCCCAGGCUAAUGACACCGGCGCUGGUUGGAUCAAGCGCGUUGUGGACAUUGUUGACCGACAACUUCGUGAAGGCGAAUACUGGGGUCGGGGGCUAUUGACUCAAAACACGACCGAGCAGCUAUGUCUCCAAUUGGCCCCUGCAUUGGAUUCGAGCUUCACAGGGAAUCGGAGAUCGACCCUGGCCAAGCUUCUCAAGUCAUGGGCAGGGCAGAAAUGGGAAGGGUCUCGUAUUGUUCGGUUGAUUGAACGGGCCACCCGGUCAAUUACAUGGCAAUGGUAUCAAGAUCGCUAUGUCUACGGCAAAGACUAUCCUGCGUCAAAGUACCGUCGGCCUCAACUUCCUGCUGCUCUGAGUGCGCCGAAUGCGCCCACUGUUCUGCCUUUCCACACGUUCACCUGUCCGCUGUCUGCGAAACAGAUCCGUCAGAUCUCACAGCGCAACGGUCUCAGGAUCUCUACAUCGACUCUGCGACUGCCCUGGCUCCCACCUACAGUAUACCGUCCUCCCGCCCCACCGAAUCCUGCUCUUCGAGUUGGCUAUGUGUCGUCUGACUUCAACAACCACCCACUGGCUCAUCUCAUGCAAUCAGUGUUUGGCUUGCACAACCCAAACAAGGUCAAGGCUUACUGCUACGCCACCACGGGCAGUGAUAAAUCUGUCCACCGCCAGCAAAUCGAAAAAGAGGCGCCAGUCUUCCACGAUGCCAGCGUAUGGUCGGUAGACCGCUUGGUCCAGCAGAUCGUCGACGACGGAAUUCACAUCCUGAUCAAUCUGAAUGGCUAUACUCGUGGUGCUCGGAACGAGGUAUUUGCCGCCCGGCCUGCACCCAUCCACAUGUCUUUCAUGGGCUUUGCGGGAACUCUUGGUGCGGAGUGGUGUGACUACAUUCUUGCUGAUCAGAUCUCGAUUCCUCCGGAGACUCUGAGUCCUGCGCGGCGCAACACACGCAUCGAGGACCGUCCCCUUGACGAGGAUAAUGGGGAGGAUCUUGAGAAUUGGGUGUAUGACGAGAAGAUCGUCUUCACUCGAGACACUUUCUUCUGCUGUGACCACCGACAGAGUGCCCCUGAUGCGGGAGAACAACAGAUCUCUUGGGAUGAUGAACAGAUGCGGCGUUGGCGGAUGCGGAAAGAAUUGUUUCCCUUCCUCAGUGAUGAUACUAUCAUCCUUGGAAAUUUUAAUCAGUUGUACAAGAUUGAACCCACAACAUUCCGAACAUGGCUGCGAAUUUUGGCGCGCAUUCCAAACGCCGUCCUCUGGCUGCUGCGAUUCCCCGAAACAGGUGAAGAGAACUUACGGGACACCGCUAGAGCAUGGGCCGGUGAUGAUACUGCGUCACGGAUUAUUUUCACAGAUGUGGCUCCUAAGAAUACACACAUUGCCCGGGCAAAGGUGCUGGAUCUAUUCCUCGACACUCCCGAGUGCAAUGCGCACACAACAGCCACAGAUGUCCUGUGGAGUGGCACACCAAUGCUCACGUUCCCGCGGUACAAGUACAAGAUGUGCUCGCGGAUGGCCAGCAGCAUCCUCAGCAGCGCGCUACCAAGCAACGAGGCCGGGCAACGGGCCCGAGAGGAACUGAUUGCCUCUUCUGAUGACGACUACGAGAACAAGGCCAUCCGACUAUGCAUGGAUUUGAAAUAUGUGGCGGGUGGUGGUGGCCGUGCUACUGGACGGCUGGUGAACAUGCGACAGAUGCUGUUUUUGCAGCGAUACACGAACCGGCUCUUUGACACAGCGCGCUGGGUGCGUGAUCUUGAAGACGCCUAUGAGACUGUGUGGGCGCAAUGGGUGAAAGGCGAAGAAGGCGAUAUCUGGUUAUGA